AUGACAUCGAGGAGUAAGAAUGCUGUGCGGGUCUACGAAACAGAGAUCGAGAAAAGCCGUGAGGAGUCUAAUUGGAAGAAGGCAGUGGACUUGGCUCAGCAAUUGAAGGCCAGAUCUCCACAGCAUGAAAGCCUCGCCCACUUCCUCAUAGGGGAGGGCAAGCUAGAAGGACACCUUGAGGAAUGGCCACCCAGCAAGGAAAACAUAGAGAGAGCUCAGAGAGAGCUCUCGGAGGCUCGAGGCUACCUCACCUUAGCUACUGAUGAAGCAGGCAAGAGGGCUGGGGUGGCACUGGACGCACACCUACUGCUCGGCAAGCUGAACUAUGCUUGCGGAGCAUAUGAUGAUGCAUUGAAAAAUUACAAACUAGCCGAGCUAAACACAUUGACAGAAAAGGAGUUACCUGUCCGAAGUCUCCGCAUCGUGGCGGAGUCGUACGCCAUCAAGGGGCUGUGCCUGGAGCAGAACACGGUGCCCGGCUCCACCAGUCGGUACAAGCAGGCCGAAAGAGAGUCAGAAAUGAUCCGUAGUUUCGAGCUGUCGUCGGACCUGACGCUGCUGUACCUGCAGCGUACUGGUGCGCAGGCGCGCGCCGGGCCCACGCUGGAGACCGCGCUACAGAGGGUGCCCAUACUACACAUCCGCGCCGGCAGGCUGCAGAAUGCUAUCGACAGGUAUCGAGAAAUGCUGAACGCGGUGGAGUCGAUAUCGACGCAGGCGCUACGGCUGACGCUGACCAGACAACUCGCUGAGGUGCUCAUGAGGGGCGUCACUGGACAGGUGUACAAAGCCCCCGAGAAGUUAGCGGCCGUGGCUCCACAGGGCACGCUGACGAGGCGGCGGGAUGACCACGUGUCAGACGGACCAUGGAAACCUAAGAAAUAUUCUGCCAUCAAUCAGUUCGUCCCCCGCUGUGAGUACGAGGAAGUAGUGCUGCUGCUACUGGUGGGCGAGGCGAUGGCAGUGCGGGACGCCGUACUGUCGCAGUCGCAGGAGUUCGAGGCGGCGCGGGCUCACGCACUGCGGAACGCUGUGGCCGUCAUGGACCUGCUGGCGCUGGCGGCCACGCGCUGGGGGCAGCUGUGUCUGCUGCUGGAGUCUCUGGAGCGAGCCAUGAAGUUCUCCUUCGGCUGCGCACACGUCUGGCGCCAGAGGGCGCUGGCCACGGCCGCCGCCGGGCCCAGCCACGCCGGGCCCGGCCACGCCCGCCCCGCGCCCGCCGGACAGCCCGACCAUAUACCGCACGGUAGUGCAGUAUGGAGUAGCGGCGUGCGUGCGGCGGGAGUAGCUCGGCGCGCCGCCGCGCUACUGCCGCACGACGCCGCGCUACGGCUCGUCGCGGCCAACACCUGCUACCGGAUGGGAUGGAUAGAGGAAGGCAUCGAGAUGGCGGAGGAGGCGCUGUCCAUAGAGGAGGAGCGGCAGGGGUCCAUGCUGGCGCGCUGCUGUCUCUACGCCGGCAUCGGACACCAGAUGAAGGCACAGAAAACAAACGCUCGCAUCGACAAGGAGUCGGCGAAUGAAGCGUCGCUGAAGUUAUUAGUUCGAGCGGCUCAGUUGGACAACAACGACCACCUCGCCUUCUACUACCUCGCGCUACAGUACAUGCACCUCGGCAUGCUCAACGAGGCCAUGGACGCGACCCGGUCGUGCCUGGCGGCGCGCGCGGAGUGCGGCGGCGGGCUGCGGCUGGCGGCGGCGCUGUGGUCGUGCGCAUGCGCCGGGCCGCGCGGCCAGCGCGCGCUGCAGGCGGCGCGCCUCGCCCGCGACCACUACCCCGCCGCCACCUGGCCGCGCGCCGCGCUGGCGCAGCUGCAGCUCAUAUGGGAGACGCCAGAGGAAGCGCUAGCGACGGGCAAGGAACUGUUAACACUAGUGAACAGUGCGGAGGCGGAGCUGGAGCCGGAACACAACGGGUACGUGGAGCUGGACGCCAUGUCGGACUCACAGCACGACGACACGCAGAGCAAUCGAGACGCUGCGUCAGUGCGCGCGGAGUCUGCGGGCGUGUACCGGCUGGAGCGCGCGCUGUCGGAGGGCGCGUCGUCGGUGUCGGGGCGCGCGCGGCCGGCGCCGCACGCCGCGCGCCGCGCCACCGCCUGGCUGCUGCUCGCGCAGCUCUGUCUCAGGCUAGGUCGCGUCAGUGCGGCGGCGGGCUGUGUCUCUGAAGCCGCGACACUUACGCCCUUCAGCCAUCUUGUAUUGUAUACUCGUGGGCUAGUGCACGCGGCGAGUGAAGAGUGGGACGAGGCGCGACAAUGUUUCCAGAACGCACUCGCGAUACAUCCCACACAUCUAGACAGUAUGGUGCAACUAGGCGCGGCGUACUACUCGCUGGGCUGGCUGGCGCUGGCGCUGCAGCCCAACGACCCCGUGCUGCCACUCCCGCUCUGA